UGAUUCUGUACAUGCACAGAAGCAUCAAACAAGCUUAAAAACCCUCAAACGGAACUCCAAACUUCACCAGCUCAUAUACACACCUACCUAGUAGUGAGCAUUGUCUCAAAAAUUCAAUGUCUCCCCUCUUUUCACUCUUCCUCCUCCACAUAAUAGUCAGCGCAGCCGGUGCACAACUCCAGCCUCAUUACUACUCAAAAUCGUGCCCAAAAGCCGAAGCUGUGGUCCGACAGGUCAUGAAGAAGGCUCUGAUCCGAGAGCCCCGGAGCCUUGCUUCUGUCAUGCGCUUCCAAUUCCAUGAUUGCUUUGUUAAUGGUUGUGAUGCUUCAUUGUUGCUUGAUGACACACCAACAAUGCUUGGGGAAAAACUCGCCCUUGCAAACAUAAAUUCACUGAGAUCUUAUGAGGUUGUUGAUGAAGUCAAGGAAGCCUUGGAGAAGGUCUGCCCUGGGAUUGUCUCUUGUGCAGAUAUCAUCAUCAUGGCCUCUAAAGAUGCUGUUGCAUUGACAGGAGGACCUGAUUGGAAAGUGAAGUUAGGCAGAUUGGAUAGCUUAAGCGCCAGCCAAGAAGCCUCAGACAACGUUAUGCCAAGUCCAAGAGCCAACGCAAGCUUCCUCAUUGACCUGUUUGGCAAAUUCAAUCUGUCUGUCAAAGACCUUGUUGCCCUUUCUGGUUCACAUUCCAUCGGCCAAGCUCGGUGCUUCUCCAUCAUGUUCAGGCUGUACAACCAAUCUGGCACCGGCCGGCCAGACCCUGUCAUUGAUCCAAAGUUUAGAGGAAAGCUAAACAAGCUCUGCCCUUUGAAUGUGGAUCAAAACGUGACCGGAGACCUUGACGCUACACCGGUAGUGUUCGAUAACCAGUACUUCAAGGACUUGGUUGCGGGAAGAGGGUUUCUGAAUUCAGAUCAAACACUUUUCACAUUUCCAGAGACUAGGGCAUUUGUUCAACUGUUUAGCAGGGACCAACAUGAGUUUUUCAAGGCCUUUGUUGAGGGGAUGAUAAAGAUGGGUGACUUGCAGGUUGAGCAGCAAGGUGAGGUGAGAAGAAAUUGCAGGGUGGUUAACAGCGGUCUUCCUGUAACCCCACGUACCUGACUUGAGAGGGCAUGGUGAUGUUAGAAUAAACACCCAUCAAUGGAAUUGACUAUAUUUUAUCUUUAUCGUCA